GCAGCCAUGAUCAUCCCCGUGCGCUGCUUCACCUGCGGGAAGAUCGUGGGCAACAAGUGGGAAGCCUACCUGGGGCUGCUGCAAGCCGAGUACACCGAGGGAGACGCCCUUGACGCACUGGGCCUCAAAUGCUACUGCUGCCGCCGCAUGCUGCUGGCCCACGUGGACCUCAUUGAGAAGCUGCUCAACUAUGCUCCCCGGGAGAAGUGA